AUGUUGGCAGACGAAAGCCUCUUUGAUGAGUAUGCAAAGAAGUGGCUUGUGGGGAUGAAGAAGGAGAUCAACGAGUGUAGGGAGUACGAGGCGGUGAGGGCGGCUAUGGCAACAGUGGAACAGGAGGCAAGGAUGCAGCCGGAGCAGGAGGCAAUGAUGGCGGCGGAGCAGGCCAUCCCCCCUCCUCCAACUCCUCCCCCUCCCCCUCUCCGCGCCAUCUUGCGCUGGACCCGGUUCGGCCCAGCGCCGUGUUCGGUCGUCGCGCCCGUUCCUCAAUUCGCGUCCAAGGAUCGGGUGAUCCGGCCUCUGGCGUGCUCCUGGCAGGGUUUGGUGUGCAAUUGCGGGGGGUUUAGGGACAUUAGCUGUCCGUCGUUGCUGAUUAGGGUAGGAGAUGCUUCCGCUGGUGGGUUACAGGUGGGGAAUUGGGAGAUUCCCAAUGAUAGAGAGAUAGCUUUUCGCGUCCUCUUGACCUGUUCUGCGUUGCUUGAGGAGCACAAUCACACAAGGAAGCAGGAGGCGGACGAAGAGCAAGAAAAAUCAGAAGACGACAAAGACUCUGACCACAAUUCUGAUAACCCAGAUGGCCCCGAUACAUCUUCGUUUAGAGCAUUCAUGAUCUCAUUUUUGUCGCCAUCUAGCUCUUUUAACGAUUCAAGGGAGAUAAUCCCCGAGCAGAGCGAAGAAAUGGGAUACCCAACUUUAACACCAGUUGGGAAGACAAACAAGGGAAAGACAGGCUUGCUAAGCAGAGGGAAGCAUUCCAUUGGAAAAAUCAUUAAUAAAGCGGCUAGGAUGAGCGGUUUCAAACAAAGCUCAGAACCUAAAAUUGACAAAGAGGUGGUAAAUCAUGCUGAAUCAGUUGCACCUGCAUUGGAGCUCGAAGGACCAAAUAAAGUUAAUUCCCUGACCAACAUGCCAGUUAUGUCAGAGCCAUCUGUCCUUUUGUCAGAAACAAUGCGAUCCACUCUUUAUUCCUCUCUUCCUAUUCUGGCCCAAGGAAGGAGCUGGGUUUUGCUAUACAGCACAUUGAGGCAUGGAAUAUCUUUAUCUACUUUAUAUAGAAGGAGUUUGCUGUGCCCUGGUUACUCACUCCUGGUAGUUGGGGACAGAAAGGGGGCGGUUUUUGGUGGUCUAGUUGAGGCUCCAUUACAACCAACUAGCACAAAGAAGUAUCAGGGUACCAAUAACUGCUUUGUUUUCACUAAUUUACACAGCGAUCCUACUAUAUACCGGCCAACAGGUGCCAAUAAGUAUUAUACUGUGUGCUCUGCUGACUAUUUGGCACUAGGAGGUGGAGGUCAUUUUGCACUUUAUCUAGACUCAGACCUUUUGAGUGGUUCAAGUUCAAAUUCGGAGACUUUUAACAACCAGUGCCUGUCACAUUCUCCAGACUUUGCAGUUAAAGACGUUGAGCUAUGGGGCUUCGUCUAUCCUUCAAGGUACGAAGAGAUGCUCAAGCUCUGCAGUACUGAGAAACCAGGGGUCUGCCGAUUUUGAGUUUACCGAAGCAAUGUGUGUUACAUCUGUACAGUUUUUAGUAGGCGCCGCUAGAAUUUUAGUGUGCAGGACCAUGGUAGAAGUAUUGGAAAGUGAGAACUUGUCUUGUCGAGCGAGUUUGCUGAGAUUUAUAAAUUCUGUAAUUUUCUUGUUAUGCCAGUGGAACAAGCUUACUGGUGGUUGUUCGAAUUACAGCGGCAAAUGUACUGCAUCAUUCUCAUGUCUUCACAAAAAUGAGACUAA